CCAAGGCGAAGCCGAAAUUAGUGCAACCACAGGCCAGGGCCAGAGCGGAUCACCGGGAAACCUUCACCGUCCGAGAUGCAAUUGAUCCAUUUCACGCUGGGAUUGGGGCUGAUCUCCACUGCCCUUGAGGCUGCCAUUGUCCCGCUGAUCGUGAUAAAAAACGGCGUUGAAUCGAAUCAGGCCCUACCCAUGGAUACGGAGAAGUUCGGUUAUCUGGAGUUCAAGCCCAAUGGUUCACUGAUCCUCAGGCGGGCACCCAAUCAGAGUGGCAGUAACCUGCAGAAUCUACUUAUGCUUCGUGGAGUUCUUCAAGCCCUCAAGCUCAAUCCCUCGAAGAUUUCCGAGACUGGUGUCGAAACUCGGUUCGAUUUUAAGAUCUAUGGCGAUGGAGUGGAGCACAAGUUUCCACCAAUACUGGAGAAUAUCAUCCAACGCAUUCAAACGUACUUUUCGAUCUAUCGAUACACGGAUACCAGUAAACCCCUACAGCGAAUUGAGCCCACUACCCAACCGACGGAGGAAACUUCUUCUGAUUUAGUAACUACCUUAAAAGCGGAGGAUGAGGACGAACUGAUUGUCGUUGGAGAACAGGAUGCCUAUAUUACAGUGGGAGACGAUGCGGAUUAAUCUCAGCCCUAUUUAUUAGAUAUUUAUUCCCAUAGCUAUGUAAGUCAAUAAAAGUGCCGUACUCAAAAUA